UUCCUUCUCGUGCUUUAACUCGCGCACUAUCUUAUCUGUACGGGUAUUGCACUAAUUGUUGAUGAUAUUGCUUGAGGAUCGUCAUCGAACCCUUCCGAACUGGUACCAACGUCGUUCAUCGUCCCUCGUCCGAUAACGCGUUAUUCUUUGCACUUCUCCCGUCCCUCACUCAACUUAAUUCUCUCCCGAGUGGCACAUGGUGAUCCUUGCGUCUCGCUGCCAUCUGAAUGUCAAUUGACCGAUCACGGAAUACAAUCAACCCAUCUCAACCUGGAUCUUCUCAUCGACGACGGCAACAAUUUUCCACCCACUCCUUUCGUUAUCGUCGACUCUGACACCCGUAUAAACGUUGCAAUCAGACGAUACCCAAACCAUAUACCUGCAAGUCCUCGUGAGAGGCAGCUUCGCCUACCAUGGCAGGACGUCUUUUGCCCCUCACCCUCGGCCUUCUGUCCCUCAUCACAACUCCCGCCGUGGCUCAAGAUGGCAGCACGAGUCACAUCACACUCUCCAACACCGAAGAUGUUACCUUCCUGUCGGGUACCAGGACCAUUCCUGUCACCCAGCCUAGAACGCCAACGGGACCCUAUGCGACCUACACCUCGAGGAUCACCCUCACAAAUGGCGACCUCUCUACCAUGACCGGGACCAUGACCUUCACCGGCAACGUCACCCAGACUACCACCAAUUCGGUCGGCCAGUCCGUCGUCAUCAUCUCGGGCCAGACCUCCGUCGUCACCUCCACCGUCACCGGAAACUCGACCCAGACUACCACCUCCGCCGCCGGCCCGACCAACACCCAACCGUGCAACAACUAUGUCGAGUUCUGCGACCGCAAGUACAGCAACAUCACCGAGGUGGGCUGCCACAACUCCCCCUUCGUGCGCCCCGGCAACUCAGCCUCCAAUCAAGCCCUCGAUGUCACCACCCAGCUCAACGACGGUGUCCGUUUCCUCCAGGCCCAGAUCCAGUGGCCCACCAACGGCACGAAGCCGCACUUCUGCCACUCUUCGUGCGACAUCUUGGAUGUCGGCCCCAUCACCGAGUGGCUCACCACCGUCCGCGAAUGGGUCGCCGCCCAUCCGUAUGACGUCGUAACUAUCCUCCUCGGCAACGGCAACUAUUCGACACCCGACCUGUACGCCCCCUUUAUCGAGUCCACGGGCAUCCUCCAAUACGCCUACGAGCCCCCUUUUCUCCCCAUGACCGUCGAGGACUGGCCGACCCUCUCUCAGAUGAUCCUCGGCGGCAAGCGCGUCGUCAUGUUCCUCGACUACAUGGCCGACCAGCAGAAGUUUCCCUGGCUGCUCGACCAGUUUUCACAGAUGUGGGAAAGCCCCUUUGACCCUAUGGACCGCACUUUCCCCUGCACCGUCCAGCGUCCGCCUGACCUGCCCGACGAGGCUGCCCGUGACCGCCUCUAUCUCAUGAACCACAACCUUAACGCCGAGUACAACAUCUUCGGUGCCUCAAUUCUUGUCCCCGCCGUCUCUCUGCUCAACGAGACCAACAAUGUCACCGGCUAUGGCUCUCUCGGCGUCAGCGCCCAGCAGUGUACCGACCAAUGGGAUCGCCCGCCCAAGAUCCUGAACGUCGACUAUUAUAACUAUGGCGGCUACCCGGGCUCUGUGUUCGAGGUCCAGGCGCGCAUGAACAACGUCACGUACACCCGAGAUUGUUGCGGCAAGGUCACCGGCGCGUCACCGGGACGUCCGGCCGCGUCAGCGAUGGUUUUGGGCAUGGCUCUCGCAUGCGCGCUGUUGCUGGUCUGAGAGGACGAGUGUCAAUUCUUAAUGUCUUCUUGGUAAUUUUGAUCCAAUGAUACAGCGUGUCAGGAGUUUCGGGAACGGUGGUUAUGCAUAGACUGGUAACUUGGGUUUGUGGAUAUGGAAGACUCUGCAUUGUCGAUCUUAUAUAUACCAGAUAGGCUGGAGACUGAUCGCUUACACGGCAUAAAUGCUACAGAAUACAAACGUGUCACAAAGAACAAGGGUAGCCGUUGUGUGACUCUGGAGUAACCAGCAUUUGCUUUCGACCAGUAAGAACCCUAUGUAGUCCCUAGCUCCUCCAGUGAAGUUUUAGCAGUAGUCUGGACCAUCU